AUGGCGUAUUUAGUAUUUUUUCUAUUUUUAAUCAUCUCUAUUCAUAAAUCUGUUAAUAUAGAUAAUUCUAAUAAUAAUAUCAUAAAAAAGAAUACAAUAGAUUUAAAUCAAAACAAUAAUUAUAAUGAAGAAAAUUAUUUUAAUAGAGAAGAUGAGUACUAUGUAAGAGAAGAUGGAGAAAAAUUAAUUAAUUCUGAAGAUUUAUUAGAAAAUAAUAGACAUAAUUUAAUAGAUUACAAUGAUAUAGAAAAAAUAAAUAAUUUGAAAAGUCUAAAAGACACAAAUAUUAUGCAAGAAUUUCAAAAAUCUUAUUAUAAAAAUGACUUAAAUGAUAGAAAAUUAAAUAAGCAAAUAAAAGAAAUAUUAAGUUUAGCUUUAAGCAUUCCUGUGAAAGAUAUAAAUUUACAUGAUAUUAAUUUGUUAUUAAAAAAAUGGAGAAAUAUAAGUAAAACAAAAAAAAAUUCAAACAAAAUAAGUAAUAAUGAAUACUAUUUUAAAAAAAUCAAAAACCACAAUACACAUUCAAAUAAUAAUAGAGAUAAAUCAAUAGAAUUACAGAGAAAAGAAAAGAAAAACCAAAACAAUUUUAUAACUAUUGAUUAUCUAAUGGGAUUAACAUGUUCAUAG